ACUCGUCUUCCGUCGAACCGUGCCCUGCCCGGCCCACAUUUCACUCUUCGUCUAUAUAAACUAGGGUUUCUUGGCUUUCUCCGGACGAGCGACCGAGGCGUGCGGCGUGGAUUCUUCAUCUUGAAUCGAUCUCGGCAAGCAAUGGAUGCUCAAGCUAAGCUUGCAGUUGUGGUGAAGGUGAUGGGCCGAACUGGAUCUAGAGGUCAGGUUACCCAGGUUAGGGUUAAGUUCUUGGACGACCAAAACCGGCUGAUCAUGAGGAACGUUAAGGGCCCAGUGAGGGAAGGUGAUAUCCUUACACUUCUCGAGUCUGAAAGGGAGGCUAGGAGGUUGCGCUGAUGAUACUUCAAAAAUGGAUUAUCUUUAUUAGCUACAGACUCUAAUCAUCUUCCUCUUUGCCAUGGUUUCUGUUUCUCUGGUAUCAUUUAUCUCAAUUUUGUGGCUUGUGGAUGUGCUAUAAAGAAAAUCAUGAGUGGUGGUUUUUAUAUUGCUGACUAUUGUGGAAACUGCAUCGUGCUAUUGUGAACUCCAUUGUCUGUUCAAUUUGUUUCUUGUGUUCUCUUUUA